GGGCUGGUCUGAGGAGCCGAGCGCCCCGCAGUUUCAGUGCCACCGCUGGGCGAUUCGGGUGCAGCCGCCGCUCGUAGGAACAAGUGAGUGUAGAAUUGUUGAAGACCAGUGCUGCCUACUCCACCCUCAGACAGUUGUAAUUAAAAGAGAUAAUUUAUGAAGAUGGAAGAUAAAACAAAGAUCAGCUCCUGCUAGUAAGACUAGAGAACCAAGUUUUAGCAAAACCCAGAAUGUCUGAAGAACUGUCUUUGCUCAUCAACAUAAAUGAGCCACGAUGGGAUCAGAGCACCUUCAUGGGGAGAGCAAAGCAUUUCUUCACAGUGACAGAUCCCCGCAACCUUCUGCUUUCUAGCAAGGCCCUAGAAGAUGCCCGAAGAGUGAUAGAAGAUUACAGAAUGGGUAAGGUAUCACCAGGCUUGACUGAGGACCAACUAUGGCGGGCAAAAUACAUCUAUGACUCUGCCUUCCAUCCAGACACUAGUGAGAAGAUGAUCCUGAUUGGACGUAUGUCUGCCCAGGUGCCUAUGAACAUGACCAUCACUGGAUGCAUGCUCACUUUCUACAGGACGGCCCCUGCUGUGAUUUUCUGGCAAUGGAUGAACCAGUCAUUCAAUGCCAUUGUCAACUAUACUAACCGGAGUGGGGACGCACCUAUCACUGUCAAACAGUUGGGCACUGCUUAUAUCAGUGCUACUACUGGAGCUGUGGUGGCGGCCCUGGGACUCAAAUCUCUCACCAAGCAUUUGCCCUCAAUCAUUGGACGCUAUGUGCCUUUUGCAGCUGUGGCAGCUGCAAACUGCAUUAAUAUCCCAUUAACAAGACAAAGGGAACUAAAGUUUGGUAUCCCCAUUAUGGAUGAACAUGGGAAUCGGCUGGGUGAAUCGAAAAAGGCAGCUCAGAAAGCCAUUGUACAAGUGGUGAUUUCACGCAUUGGCAUGGCUGCACCUGCAAUGGCCAUCCCUCCUUUGAUCAUGAAUGCCCUAGAGAAAAGAGCAUUUUUGAAGCGAUACCCCUGGAUGAAUGCUCCUCUGCAGAUUGGACUGGUGGGCCUGACUUUGGUGUUUGCUACACCUCUUUGCUGUGCAUUCUUCCCACAGAAGAGUUCAAUGUGUGUGAAUCGCCUGGAACCAGAAGUCCAGACUCUGAUCAGGGAGAAGAACUCUGAUAUUGAAGUUGUCUAUUUUAAUAAGGGACUUUAAGAUAAGGUGCUAUAUACUACCCUGGUAUGCAGCUGAAAGAAAUCAAUGAGGAACCAGUGAACCAGCACUCCAAAGGAGAAAGUUACCUUUUGUAAUAAUAUAAUCCCUUCUACAUGCUGCUUUCUUAUAGGCUGUCAAAUCUUGGCAGUCCUACCGUAUAUGUGUGAUAUAACCUUCCUGGAUUCAGAACAGAUUAUAAUCUGGCUGUGUGCUUUUGCUGUGAUCAAAGCAGAAUCAUUCCAAUCUUGACUCAGCUUGAUGUCAGCACCAGAGCUGCUGACAGUUUUUAAGCAAAACCCAAUUCCUAUAUUAUGCAUAAUUCCUCUGUGAUGUGUAGGAUGUUGUGUGUGAAGGAAAGAGUGUUUGUGUCCGUGAUUGUAAUCUCUGUGAAAUAAUGUUUAAGAAUCAUAGAAUUGAGAUCGUUCUGGGGUGAGGAGACUCCACUGUAUACCUUAAAUCCUACAGGAAUCAAGUUCAAUAGAAAAAGCGACUUGCCCUUCAUUUCAAUUGAAGUCUUUCUUAUUCAGCACCUAAUAAAAACAUCAUGGUUUUAUGAAGGGCUUGCACAUGUUUGUGAACUGCCUACAUUCCUGGGAUUAUAAAAUGGCUUGGCUCCAAACUAUCUGUUUUUACAAUCAAAACCGGCUGCAUAAAUAACCAUCUCUGCAUUCGCUUGCUAUUUUAGUACUUUUGCAGCCAAUGAAGCAUUCAGUUACAAAGAUGGUACUACAUGCAGCCCUACUGCUACAAAACCCAUGAGGUAGAUAUCAUCGUUAGUCAGCUAUGAAUGUGAGAAGAUACUGAGGUUUUCAUGGAAACACGCUAUUUGACCAUAGUGAAAGCAUAUGUGAAUAUUCUUGCAAGGGUGGAGGGGAUUCUCUAUUAAAGGUCUACAGGUAGUCCUUGUUUAGUGACCACAAUUGGGACCAGCAACUUGGUCGUUAAGCAAAGCAGUCACUAAGUGACACCACAACUGUGCUUAUGAUCUUACUUCAGCUUUCCUUUGCCUUACAUACCUGAAAAGAUCAUAAAUGUGAGGACUGGUCAUAAAAUUACAUUUCAUCACUGUUGUAAGUGCAAACAGUUGCUAAAUGAGGACUACCUGUAUAGGACUAGGCAUGUGCUUCAAAGAUGGAACAACUAUUUAAUAUUUGAAUCUGUAGAUAUCACAAAGGCAUAGAAAACUGUGAUGCAAAGAUUUGCUUAGAUUGUUUUGAAGAGGGAUCAUUGCUUAUCUUCUGCUUUCUAUUUUGAAUAACUAGAACAUCAUUUUGCAAUUAAGUAUACAUUAGGAUAACACUGGUUAGCCAAAAAGAAGCUCACAGGACAAUAAAUAGAGAUGGCAUUCAAGAUGAAGGUUGAUUCUUUCAGCUAAUGUUGCAUGUUGUGUUUUCUACUUCAUUUGAUUACUAUGACAUCCAUAUCCUAGGCUUAAAAGUGUAUUGUAAAGAAUGACAUUAUUUACUUAUCGUUUCUUUACUUAUCUUCAUAAUGCCCAUUUUAGAGCAUAAAUCUCCUUGCCCAUAGUGAAGACUUGUUUGGGUUACUUUAAGAACAUAAGUGACAGUAUUUGGUGCAUAAUGGAAUGUGUAAAUAUCAUUCAUAGAAUGCAGGCAUACCUGUGCUUGUACUGAGUUGGUCAUCCUGAAGUUAUGACUUCAAUCAUGUUGCACAGAGUAUCUGCAUGGAUGGCUGAAUGUAGACAUCUCCCUGAGCUACUGUGAUUAUGGAACCUUGUAAUGUCACAGUUCCUUCUGUCUGCCUUGUAGACUUAAGAGAUCAAUGCGAGGAUCAGUCAAUUUGCAUGCAAUGAUCAAUGAUCAAAUGCACUGAAUCAGCAUAUCUAUAUCCUGGCAGAAACUCUGGGUGGGUAUGUCACAUAGCACCUACUUAAAUGUUUUGAAAGAUCUAGGCAAAAUGGGUGGUUGAAGCUUCAGAAUUCUCUUUACAGGUGGACGGCAGGGGAAAAAACACUCUAAGGUGAUAAUAGUGUACAGUCCUUUGAUUGACAGAAUACGGUAUGAAUCUGGUAUCAAAUAUAAUUUGCAACUUUAAUCAAAGGUUCUUUUUGCCCUUCAGCAGCAGAAGGGCCAAAGAAUUUAAUUUAGGCACCACAAUGCAUAAGAAGCUUCACUGAAACUGAUGUGUGUUGUUUGCAAAAUGGAGUAAAAAACAUAACUUGCCAGAACUGCCUUUUUAAAAGGUGUUGGAAGGUCAGUGCUUAAUCCAGUUUUCUGUUCUUUUCAUUUCUAUAGCAAAUCACUUAUUUUAAUCUGAGCAAAACUGCCUACCUUUGGUUCCUUAUAAAUGUCACUGGUGCUGGAGGCUCAGAAGUUCAGUCAGAGGUUGCUAUGUGCUCUUUAUUAUGUUUACUCUUAAUGAAACCUCAUCCAAAUCUUAUAAUAUUACAAUACCUUUUUGAAUUUUUAUAUAAAUUCAUUUUCUUUUUAUAUGCUAGGACAUGGUGGAGGCUUAUUGUAUCAAACUAAAAAUUAUUUCUGUGCAGCAAUCCAUAUGUAUUCUGUAUCAUCAUGCCUCUUAUGUAGCUUUAAAUAAGGCAAUUGUUUCCAAAUAAAGAAUAUAAUUUCUGUCUCUUGAA